CACACAGAGACAGAGACCCAGCGGCGCGUCUGGAGCACAGAAUGAAACGGGAACCACAGCGGUGGGAGGUGGAGGUGUUUGAGGAGGCCAGUGUGAGGAGGACAGAAGGAAGUGUUUGAGGAGGACAGUGUGAGGAGGACAGAAGGAGGUGUUUGAGGAGGACAGUGUGAGGAGGACAGAAGGAGGUGUUUGAGGAGGACAGUGUGAGGAGGACAGAAGGAGGUGAAUGAAGGCUGCUGUAGGUGUGGAAUGGAGCAGACAGGUGUGGAGUCUUACCUCAGCGCCAGGUUUCACCUCUCAGCCUGUAUCCUGUGCUGGGCUCUGCUCAAACUCUCACAGAGGGGAUUACGAGCGUCUCCGGUCGUCUCACAGACUCCAUCUGAGAACUUCACCACACAUUCAGAAGAUGUCGACCCUCUUCAGGAAAACGAUGCACAAAGUGGAGAUGUUUGGAGGGAACCAACACUGGAUGAAGCUCAGGAGAUGACAGAGGAGUAUUUUGAGACGCUUUCGUGGCACAGUGACACUUCCUCAGAUUCUACUGAAGAUCAUGGGAACUUCUCUUAUCCUAAACUCUCCCCUGGACUCAGAAAGCUGGUUCCAGAAGGCCAGCAUGCAUUUGUUGAUGGUCCACAGAUGAAGACAGGUGGAGAAGUGGUGCCGUUGGAAAGCGAGUGCAACGUAAUGAGUAUAGACUCAGUUUCAGUAUGCACAGUUCUCGAGGAAGCUGGAGUUUCUUCUCUCUCACAUACGAGCAUGUUGGACCCAGCAGAAGAUUCACAGCUUUCCAGAACUUCUAAGGAACUCAUGGUACGAGUGGAAGAUGGCUUCAAUGCUGAGCUUUUAGAAGAUCCAGGGUUUAAUGAAGCUGCAUAUCGGUCACCAUUCGGGGAAGCUGGACUUUCUCCCAUCCCGCAGUGCAACACAGCAUCAGAAGAUUUUACAAGUUCAGAUUUAGGUGUUUCAAGUGGAGAUCUUACAGAUGUUUCCUUUUUUAAAUGCCUCACAAACAUGAACUCUUCUCAUUCAGAAAGAAAGUGUGAGGUUCUUGAGAUAAACACUGGUGAAAAGCAACUCAAGGUGCUAUCACCCAGUGACUGUAGUGUGAUGAUUUCAGAUCAUUCAGAGCUUCAUUCAUCUCAUGAGAUGGUGUCAGAGGAAGCUGGACUUCCUUCCAUUUCCCAAGCAACAUCUGAAAAAACAUUUCCAGUGACUGACAGAAGUGAAGCAGCUUCUCAAACACUUGAUUUAAUGGUGGAUCAUAAGAAAUGUUCUUCACCUAAAAGCUCCCACGAUCUCAAAAAUCGGGACCCUUCCCAUUCUGAAGAAAAGAACAACGAUCUGGAGAUGAGCCUAGAUGAAGAGCAGGUCAUGGAACCACUGGUUCUAUGCAAUUUAGUGACUUCAGAUGAUCUACAUAAUGCAGAGAUUAUUAAUCGAUUAUCUCCUGCUGAAGCUGGACUUCUUUGUAACCCUCAAGCUGAUACAGAUUCAAUCCAUUUAGAACCUCAUUUAGAAACUUCUUUUGAUUUAGAUCAUGUGGACCUUUCUUCUCCUAAACACUUAACUGACAAUAGACCCCUGAAAUCUCCUCAAUCCGAAAGAUGGAAUAAUGGUCUGGAGAUGAACAGGGAACGAGAGGAACUCAUGGAACCCCUGGAAGGUGAUUCCCAAUUAAUGAUAUUAGAUCAUUCAGUUUGUAAAGUCUGUAAAAUUUUUAAUGGUUCAUCUCUUGAGGAAGCUGGAUUUUCCUCUAUCUUACAAGCUUCAUCAAAGAACCUGACAGUUUCUGAAGAGACACUCAGACUGAGUGAGAGAACUGAAACAGUACCUCAGUUAUAUGACACUCCAGAUUUAGAUAUUCCAAGCUUGUCUUCUAAACACACUCCUAUCCCUAAAAUGAUGGAGUUAUCUCACUCAGAAGAACAGAUCCAUAGUCUGGAGAUGAACAUGGAUGAAGAGCAAAUAAUGGAUCCAUUGGCUAAACAGUGCAGUGUGAUCGUUCUUGAUGAUUGUACUGAUGAUGGUUUGUUUAUUAACAUCUUUUCCAAGGAAGCUGAACUUCCUUCCAUCACUCCAGCUAGUAAUUACGAUCAGGAUUUGUUGGAUUCACAACUUUCUCCAACCUCUACAGAGACACCUGAGCUCUCCUGUGGAUGUGAGGCAUCUUCACAGUUGGAAGAAAUUUCAAAUGUAGUUGUUGCAAGCAAAGUUCAAAUGGAUUACCAAUUUUCAAAAUGUUCUCCUGACCACAGAAAGCUGGAAAAACUUGAAUCAUCUGCUACAGAAAUAAAAAGAGAUCACCAGAUAAAUGGUGAUGGAGCUGAACAGAAGGUAGAGUUGGAAGACAGUGCAGUAGUGACCAGUAAAGUGACUGUGGAUGAUUCAGGAGAUAAUGAAGCUGCAAAUCAGUCAUAUCUUGAAGAAGCUGGACUUCCUUCUGCCCUGCACAGUACCACAGCAUCAAAGAACUUGUCAGAUUCAGACGUUUUUACAGAAGAUACACGUACAUCUACUGACCAAAGUGCUGACACAGUGCUCCAGUUAGACUACACAUUAGAAACAAGUGUUCCAAGCAAAGAUCUUCUGGAACAUUCUUCCCUUUUUGAUUUAGAAAUAAAGAAUGACAGUCUUCACUCAAAAACACAAUCAGAAGAAAUUGUUACACGAUUGACAGGAAGCUACAACACAGUGAUUUUAGAUCAUUUAUCUUGUGAAGAAGUUGUGAAUCCAUCAUCAGCUCAGAUCUGGUUAAAGGAAGCUGGACUUCUCUUCUUCUCACAAGUUGGCAUUUCUGAAGCAGGUUUGAAGACUGAAGUUGAUGCACAGGCAAAUUUAGGUGCUCAACUUGAUUUUCCUUCUUCUAAAAGCUCUCCUGACCUGAGAAAUCUGGAAUCUUUUCAUCCAGGAAAAAAGAACAAUGUUCUGGAGAUAAACAUGGAUGGAGAGCAUCUCUUGGUCCCACUGAAAACUGACUACAACGUAAUAUUUUCAGAUGAUCUACAUGAUCUACAUGGACAUCCUUCCAUCUCUCAAGCUGAUAAAGAUUCAAUCAAAUCAGAACCUCAAUUAGAAACUUCUAAUUUAGACCAUGUGGAUUUUUCUUCUCCUAAACACUUUACUGAUCUCACAAUCAUGGACUCAUCUCAAUUAGAAAGGAUGAACAUGGAAGUAGAGGACCUCAUGGAAGCCCUAGCGAAUGACUCCAAUGCAGGUAUUUUAGAUGAUUUGCGGAAUGAUAAAGUUUUUAAUGGUUCUUCUCUUGAGGAAGCUGCAUUUUCCUCCAUCUUACAAGCUAGUGAGGAGACACCUACACUGAUGGACAAAAUUAAAUCAGCAUCCCAGUCAGACAGUUCUUACUUAGAUGGUGUGAGCAUGGAUGAUGGAAAGGCACGUUCUUCUGAAAGCGCUCCUGAAUUUAGAAAUCUGGACUUCUUUUAUUCUGAAACAAAGAGGUGUGAUAAAUCAGAACUUGUGGUACCACUGGAAAAUGACUGCAAUGUAGCAGAAGAUCAAGAAAGGGCAGAUAUUGAUCAUUGUUUAUCUUCUGAGGAAGCUGGACGUUCUUCACAGAACAAUGAUCUGGAAAGAAACAAGGAUGGAGUGGAACCUAUUGUACCCCCAGUCUCCAAUGUAGUGACUUUAGAUGAUUCAGAGCAGGAUGAAGUUCUAAAAGCUGUGACCCAGUUAGACUACAUUUCUGAUUUAACUACUAAAUUUAAAGAUCAACUUGAUUUUCCUUCUGACCUUAGAAAUCUGAUUUCUUCUCAUAUAGAAGAUAAGAACAAUGACCUGGAGAUGAACACAGAUGGAGAGCAGCUCAUUGUACCACUGGCUAAUGAUUGCAGUGUAACUUCAGAUGAUCUAGAGGAUGUUGGAACUGUUAGUAGAUUAUCUCCUGAGAAAGCUGGACUUCUUUCACAGAACAAUGGACUGCAGAAAGAUGCAGAAGAAUUCACAGAACCCCUGAACCCUAAUGAAAUGAUUUUAAUUGAUUCGGAGCAGAAUGAAGUUGUAAAUGAUCCAUGUUUUGAGAUAGCUGAACUUCUUUCCAACACAGAUCUGAUCAGUUCUAAACACACCUCUGCACCACUAGAUGGAAGUGAAGCAGGUGUGAGUAGAAAUGAAGAACAGUCUGAUAAUACGAAUAAAAUAGAACAUCUCACUGUUUCUGUAUCACGAAUAAUGACAAACACAAAUGUGGUAGACCAUCUGGGACAGACUUAUGAAGCUGGGGCCAGAACUUCAGAUGUUUAUAGUAAUAUAUUUGCAGAUCCAUCAGUAGAUGCUGAGAUGUUUGUGGAUCCAUUAAUGAUUGGAUGCCCUUGUGUUCAAUCUUCUGACAGCUCUAGGCUUCAACCUGAAGGCACAACAUCACUCCAAAAACAUCAGAAACAAUCAGUAAAUUUAAACAUCAGCGAGGAGAACUUGGUAGAAAGUUCUCCUCCUAUUAAAGAAGGUUCAUUGAAGCUGUCAUAUGCUAACAGUUUUAUUCCAGAGUCUAAUCUUCUAAUAAACAAUAAACACACUUUGGAUUUGGACCAUGAUCAAACUCGAAGACGAUCUAAUCAUUUAGAUGAUUUAAUGAAGCUGCAAUUUUGGAACAGCUGCAUUGUGAAGGAAUUCAGUGCCAUAUCUCAGAAAGAGCAGGAGGUCAUUUAUUCUGACAGGUCAGGUGAUAUCGACUCUCGCGUUACCGUUGAUUGUCUCCAAGGAAGUGUUGUAGGACAACUCCCAGCUCUGGAUGAUAUUUCCUUCAAUGAAUCGACUUCUUUAGAGUCUGUUCGUGCCACCAGAUUUACCAAACAUGUCCUGCAUGGAGACCAGGCUCCAUUUAAAAAGUUGAGUACAAAAGAGCAUGAAGAUAGCAUUUCAUAUGAUGAUAAUUGUCUUCAGGAAACAUCUGGCUUUAAAACAUCACCUCAUCUCGAUGCAUGUCACAGUUCACACACAGAAAAUUAUGCAAAGCAACACACACCUGAAAGACCUGCUGCAGAAGAACAGGAGCUCUGGAAUCAUAUGCAUCGGUCAUUGCAAGAUGGUCCUUUGGACAUUUUUGAGAUUCCUGAACCAAACAAGAUGGACUACACCAAGAAUAUUUCAAAUCCACUUGAUGUAGAAGAUGCUCCUUGGGAGAGGAGAUAUGAAAAAGAGUGCCAGUUAGAGAAAAACAUGGAAGAUCCCACCAUCAGCCCAGUCACAGAUGCUCAACAUGGACUAGUUUCUGAAUGUCAGAAGAUUAUCAGACAACAGAGUCUGAAACAUGAAUCCACCUCAGUCAGUGCCACCUAUGGAAUAAGAAAUGAUGUAACCGAAACAGCACCUUUUUGUUCAGAUUCUCCUCAGUUCCAGGCCUCCCUUUUUAUAGAUGUUAGCACUGGUAUGGUAUCAGAUAUGGAGCCCAUUAUGGAGUCAGAGCACCCUCAGGAGAGCUCAGAUGGUUCAGAGUUAAAACAAAAGGAUCUUAUAUCAUCUGCGAAUGAUGAAUGCAACCCUUUAACGAGAGAUGAAAACGAUGUGCUUUAUAAUGUCAGGUCUUUGAAAGAAUUUCCUCAGAAACCAGAAGAUGUAGACACCACCAGUUGUCUGACAAAGGGCUCCGAUGGUAACAAUGAACUUCUCAACUCGGCAACUUCAGAUCAAGACUUUAUUACCACAAACAGUGAUGAGAUCGAACAUUCUGGUUACGGCCCAGUGAAAAGCAACUCCACAAGCAACAUCCAAAACGUUUUAAAGUAUAAGGAGACCACAAGCACUUCUGCAGGAAAAACCUCCAGGUUCACUAGGUUCUCAAGAAUCCCAUCCUUCCGCAAAAGCAAGAGAGAGACCAAGUUUGGAAACAAGGCUGAAGCUGAGACAAAAAUACCUCCUGACGAUGGAGAGGAGAGAAAUCGGACUAAUUAUCCAAAUUCUAAUGCUACUGUUGAUCACAUGACAGAAUCUGAGGAUCAGUUUAGUAAUGAUGUGUUUGGAAAAGACCUUGGUCUGACCUCGAAUGGACAAUCUAAAUCCACAUCCAGCUUCUGGAACACACAACAACAUAAAUACACUGAACCUGUACUCGAUCCCCAAAACAAAACCAGGAGCAGCGAUAACUUCCGCAUGAAGCUGGCGUUGGCUCAGAGGUCUCUGUCAAACCUGUUCGAGAUUCGAACUGUUGAAAAAGACAACCAACAGGAUUCCAACGUGGUGAACCAGGAACCAAAAUCAAGGCAGCCUUGGAAGAAGAUCAAAACAUCUAUAGAGUCUGAGAUGCUAAAAAGAACUUUCUCUCUUCCUGGACCAAGUGGUGGCAAGUUUAGACGUCACCUUCAGAGUGAAUUUGGGUUAACUGAAGACUGUCCAGAUCUUCAGGGAUUCCAGAACUCCAAGGAGGAUUUGGUCCAAAGUUGUGGGAACAUCUCAGAUACACUCAUGCACCCUGCAGCUGCUGUUGCUUUUGCUAAUCAGCUAUCUCCAUCCUGGACAAGAUCCUUGGGUUCCUUUGAAGGACUUGAUACACCGACUAGGCCAAUGACUCCUAAACCACAGAAUCCUGCGGUAUGGGGCAACAGGGGCAGUUUCCGUUACCCUUCUAAAUCUGUUGCCACCUCGUUGUGCUCUCUGGGGGAGAGUCAGGGUUUGGAGCGACUGUCAGAUCAAUCACAAAGGAGAAAUGGGCAAAGAGCAGCAAGACUCGUGACAGCUCAGUCCUUCGAUUCUGAGUAUUUACUUGAAGAUGCAACUCAUCAAACCAGCCUGGUGUUCUCCAACUCAGAGAACGAGACUGAGCCUGCACAGGAUGGAGAUAAACCAUUUCUUCACUCAUCCUCCUCCGUGCUCCGUGUCAGAAGAAGCGACCGGCGUGUGCUCCGACCCCGACCUCUGUCUGACCUCUGCAGCUGGAGUUUACCACUGCACGAAAUCAAAGAAACGCCCGUCGAGCCGAUCCAGGAGAAGAACAUUAGCGAACAUUGGAAGGUGAAGGCACAGAGGAGAUCGUGCUCUGAUGAGCUGCUAGGAGAGUCCCAGGAGAAGCAGAAGACGAAGGUGAUGCUGCGGAGGAGCCUCGGAACCCUGGACACAACAUCUGAGGUGCAACAGAAAGUGAGGAUGAGACCGUCCUUCACUUCUCCACACCAGUUAUCCUCCAUGUCUCUAAAAGACCACUUCUUCUCUCAGAGCACUCCAACUGGACUCAACUGUCUCCACUGGCCACGCCCAGUUUCAUUCUCAGAGUCGUGUCUCAUUGGACCUUCAGAGCACACACUCGUCCAGCCGGCCGCUCUCGCGUUGGUCAUCACUGAUGGACCCCAGGAUAAAUCAGGUCUGGGUGAUGAGGUGGGCAGUGAAGACGAGCUGUACAACGACUUCCACAUUUCUGCCAAUCGAUUAGGAGGAGGGGAACAACUCGCUAUUAAUGAGUUGAUUAACGAUGGCAGUGUGUGUGCUGAAGCUCUGUGGGAUCACGUCACCAUGGACGACCAGGAGCUCGGUUUUAAGGCGGGAGAUGUUAUUGAAGUGGUGGACGCCACUAAUAAGGAGUGGUGGUGGGGGCGGGUGCAGGAGAGCGAGGGUUGGUUUCCCGCCAGCUUCGUCCGUCUGCGUGUGAAUCAGGAUGAGCCUCUGGAUGAAGAUGUAGUGCAGGGGGGGGUGGAGAGUGGGGGCGCGGGGGUGGGUGGGACGUGUGGGCCCGGGUUACCGUGUAAAGAGCAGAUGAGGGCAAACGUGAUUAAUGAGAUCAUGUGCACUGAGAGAGACUACAUCAAGCAUCUAAAGGACAUCUGUGAGGGCUACAUUAAACAGUGUCGCAAACGAACUGACAUGUUCACAGAGGAGCAGCUCAGAACCAUCUUCAGCAACAUCGACGAACUUUAUCGCUUCCAAAAGAAAUUUCUUAAAGCGCUGGAGAAAAAAUACAACAAGGAGCAACCACACCUGAGCGAGAUAGGCUCCUGCUUCCUGGAGAACCAAACAGAUUUUCAGAUUUACUCAGACUACUGUAACAAUCACCCCAACGCCUGCGUCCAGCUCUCCAAGCUGAUGAAGAUGAAGAAGUACGUGUUCUUCUUUGAGGCGUGUCGUCUGCUGCAGAAGAUGAUCGACAUCUCACUGGACGGCUUCCUGCUCACACCCGUGCAGAAGAUCUGCAAAUAUCCACUGCAGCUCGCCGAGCUCCUCAAAUACACCAACCCUCAGCACAAGUACACACACACACACACACACACACACACACACACACGAAGAUCCCAUACUGUAGAUAUGACAGGGUGUGUGUUGGAUUCUUCUCAGGGUGAGGACGUUUUGAGUCGGAGCUCUGAUCUGAUUUUCUCAGGAGAUUUAACCAAAAUCUCCCAGCCUCAGGCUAAAGGUCAACAGCGCAUGUUCUUCCUGUUUGAUCAUCAGCUGGUCUUCUGCAAAAAGGAUCUGCUCCGGAGAGACAUUUUAUAUUAUAAAGGACGCCUGGACAUGGACCAGAUGGAGGUGGUGGAUGUGGAAGAUGGAAAAGAUAAAGAUCUGAAUGUGACGGUGAAGAACACGGUGAAGUUAAUAUCUGCAGAUGGAGCAGAGAUUCAUCUCCUGUGUGCUAAAAAACCCGAGCUGAAGCAGCGCUGGCUCCGAGCCUUCAGCGACGAGAGACAGCAGGUCCAACACGACCGAGACACGGGAUUUUCCAUCACAGACAUGCAGAAGAAACAGGCCAUGCAGAACGUCUCCAAAACUCCUCCAGCUGGAAAACCCAAAGCUUUACGCAUUACACGCGUCACCUACACGCUCUACACACGUCACUUACAUGCUCUACACGUGUCAGCUUUACGCAUUACACGCGUCACCUACACGCUCUACACACGUCACUUACAUGCUCUACACGUGUCAGCUUUACGCAUUACACGCGUCACCUACACGCUCUACACACGUCACUUACAUGCUCUACACGUGUCAGCUUUACGCAUUACACGCGUCACCUACACGCUCUACACACGUCACUUACAUGCUCUACACGUGUCAGCUUUACGCAUUACACGCGUCACCUACACGCUCUACACACGUUACUUACAUGCUCUACACGUGUCAGCUUUACGCAUUACACGCGUCACCUACACGCUCUACACACGUUACUUACAUGCUCUACACGUGUCAGCUUUACGCAUUACACGCGUCACCUACACGCUCUACACACGUCACUUACAUGCUCUACACGUGUCAGCUUUACGCAUUACACGCGUCACCUACACGCUCUACACACGUCACUUACAUGCUCUACACGUGUCAGCUUUACGCAUUACACGCGUCACCUACACGCUCUACACACGUUACUUACAUGCUCUACACGUGUCAGCUUUACGCAUUACACGCGUCACCUACACGCUCUACACACGUCACUUACAUGCUCUACACGUGUCAGCUUUACGCAUUACACGCGUCACCUACACGCUCUACACACGUUACUUACAUGCUCUACACGUGUCAGCUUUACGCAUUACACGCGUCACCUACACGCUCUACACACGUUACUUACAUGCUCUACACGUGUCAGCUUUACGCAUUACACGCGUCACCUACACGCUCUACACACGUUACUUACAUGCUCUACACGUGUCAGCUUUACGCAUUACACGCGUCACCUACACGCUCUACACACGUCACUUACAUGCUCUACACGUGUCAGCUUUACGCAUUACACGCGUCACCUACACGCUCUACACACGUCACUUACAUGCUCUACACGUGUCAGCUUUACGCAUUACACGCGUCACCUACACGCUCUACACACGUCACUUACAUGCUCUACACGUGUCAGCUUUACGCAUUACACGCGUCACCUACACGCUCUACACACGUCACUUACAUGCUCUACACGUGUCAGCUUUACGCAUUACACGCGUCACCUACACGCUCUACACACGUCACUUACAUGCUCUACACGUGUCAGCUUUACGCAUUACACGCGUCACCUACACGCUCUACACACGUUACAUGCUCUACACGUGUCAGCUUUACGCAUUACACGCGUCACCUACACGCUCUACACACGUCACUUACAUGCUCUACACGUGUCAGCUUUACGCAUUACACGCGUCACCUACACGCUCUACACACGUCACUUACAUGCUCUACACGUGUCAGCUUUACGCAUUACACGCGUCACCUACACGCUCUACACACGUCACUUACAUGCUCUACACGUGUCAGCUUUACGCAUUACACGCGUCACCUACACGCUCUACACACGUCACUUACAUGCUCUACACGUGUCAGCUUUACGCAUUACACGCGUCACCUACACGCUCUACACACGUCACUUACAUGCUCUACACGUGUCAGCUUUACGCAUUACACGCGUCACCUACACGCUCUACACACGUCACUUACAUGCUCUACACGUGUCAGCUUUACGCAUUACACGCGUCACCUACACGCUCUACACACGUUACUUACAUGCUCUACACGUGUCAGCUUUACGCAUUACACGCGUCACCUACACGCUCUACACACGUCACUUACAUGCUCUACACGUGUCAGCUUUACGCAUUACACGCACGAAGAUCCCAUACUGUAGAUAUGACAGGGUGUGUGUUGGAUUCUUCUCAGGGUGAGGACGUUUUGAGUCGGAGCUCUGAUCUGAUUUUCUCAGGAGAUUUAACCAAAAUCUCCCAGCCUCAGGCUAAAGGUCAACAGCGCAUGUUCUUCCUGUUUGAUCAUCAGCUGGUCUUCUGCAAAAAGGAUCUGCUCCGGAGAGACAUUUUAUAUUAUAAAGGACGCCUGGACAUGGACCAGAUGGAGGUGGUGGAUGUGGAAGAUGGAAAAGAUAAAGAUCUGAAUGUGACGGUGAAGAACACGGUGAAGUUAAUAUCUGCAGAUGGAGCAGAGAUUCAUCUCCUGUGUGCUAAAAAACCCGAGCUGAAGCAGCGCUGGCUCCGAGCCUUCAGCGACGAGAGACAGCAGGUCCAACACGACCGAGACACGGGAUUUUCCAUCACAGACAUGCAGAAGAAACAGGCCAUGCAGAACGUCUCCAAAACUCCUCCAGCUGGAAAACCCAAAGCGGCCACUCGUCCGUAUUAUGACCUGCUGUUGCGACAGAAACCGUCGGCGUUGCCGCAGCAAGUCAUCGUACUCGCCGAACCCAAGCGCAGGAACUUCUGGCACAACAUCGGGCGGCUGACGCCGUUCAGGAAAUGAAUAUACACGAACCCAAUGUAAUCAAGGCCAUCUCCAGCCCGCGUGUGAACCUCAUCUCUCAUACAGCAAACACUGUGAUCUUUACAGUGCAGUGUUUAAUCUCCUUCUUAAAUCAGCUCCAUCCUGAGGGCAGAAUCAAUGCUCCUCCCCCGUUCCGCUUCCAGGGAACGCCGCAUGCCUCCUCCCUCUCCUGGUGCCUAAAUCUGUUUCUGUUCAAGAUACUUUUUCUUGUUUAAUGUUUCAGUGUGAAUGCACUUUAUGACUCGGUUACAACUGAGACUGAAACCCGAGGCUGAAACGGCGGCAUGUCUGCUAACACACGUGACUACUGAGACCACUGAGACCGCUGCUGCAUGUCCUCCAGCACGCUUCAGUCCUCAUGGGUUUUUUCUACAUUUAUUUUCACUGGAUUUGUACAGCAUUUGAUACUGUGUGUGUGUGUCUCUGUGUGUGUGUGUGUGUGUGUGUAUGUUGGACACUGUUCAGAUUAUCACUGUAUUGUUUUGAUUUCUGAAAUGACAAAAAAAGAGUUUCCUUUCUGUCUGAAUGGUCACUUGGAUGUUUAUAGGUUUGCGCGUCGUCCUCGUUUCAGAACCCUGACGUGCAGAACCCUGACGUGCAGAACCCUGACGUGCAGAACCCUGACGUGCAGAACCCUGACGUGUAGAACUCUGACGUGCAGAACCCUGACGUGCAGAACUCUGAUGUGCAGAACCCUGACGUGCAGAACCCUGACGUGCAGAACCCUGACGUGUAGAACCCUGACGUGCAGAACCCUGAUGUGCAGAACUGACGUGUAGAACCCUGACGUGCAGAACCCUGACGUGCAGAACUCUGACGUGCAGAACCCUGACGUGCAGCUCGCCGUGAACACGGACAGACCUGAACACGAACUGCUGUGUGAUCGCUCACUCACUGUAAAUACAAAUAUACAUAAAGGAGUUUCACUGAGAAAACAGUGUUCUAAUGAGAAAUAAACGGUUUAAUGAUGUAACGAG